CCCCACUCCUGCCACACCAUGGUGGAGCCCGGAGAAAAACUGCCAGAGGAAGUGUUGGCGCUCAUCUUCCGCGAUCUGCCUCUCAGAGACCGGGCUGCAACCGCCAGAGUCUGCAAGGCCUGGGCUGCGGCCACCAGCAGCAGUGCUGUGUGGCGUGACACCAGCAUCAGUUGUGACAGUGAGCUGGAAGACUUGUUGCCACCAUAUUUGUACGCCUGCCUGGACCACAUUCACAACCUACGGCUGGAAUAUGAGCCAUCAAAGAAGCCCAGCCGCCGAGCAGCCACUGAGCUACUGAGGGCUCUUGCCGACCGAGCCCCAGGACUUCGAGGCCUACGAUUGGAAUGCUGCGGAGAGAAGCCGCUUUUCGACGCCGGCGGCGACGUCCUGAGUGCUGUGCACGCAGUCUGCGGAGCCGCUCACCAACUGCGCCACCUCGACCUGCGCUGCUUGCCCUACACACUAGACGACACGCUGGUGCUUCAGGCUGCACGUGACUGUCCCGAGCUCCGUAGCCUUUUCCUGGACAACCAUGCACUAGUGGACAACGUGCAGCCCAGCUCUGUGCUCAAGCUUUUGGAGGCUUGCCCGCACCUGCGAGCCCUUGGACUGCACCUGGCCAGUCUGUCGCCUGAGGCGCUGGAACUGCUGGCCGCGCCACAUCGCGCCCCUUUUGCACUCCUGGCAUUGAGGUGCGCGUGCCCCGAAGAUGCUCGUGCGCCCCUCCUGCCUGAUGAAGCCUGGGCGACACUGCGUUGCCGCCACCCUGGGCUGGAGGUGGAGCUGGAGCUGGAGCCUGCGCUUCCAGACGAGGCCGUAACGCGCGUCCUGCAACCAGCCGUACCAGUGGCUGUGCUGCGUCUCAACCUCUCGGGUGACACGGUAGGGCCCCUGCGCUUCGCAGCGUGCCACUACGCCGAAACUCUGCGCGCCCUCGAGGUGCGCGCGUCCGCUUCCACCGAGCUGCACACCGCUCUGGAGGAGGUGGCGGCGCGCUGCGCGGGCUUGAGGGAGAUACACUGCUUCUGCGUGGUGAGACCCUCGGUACUGGACGCCUUCCGCGCGCACUGCCCGCGCCUGCGCAGCUACACCCUCAAACUAAAGCGUGAGCCGCAUCCCUGGCGGCCCACGCUGGUGCGGUGA